CCGCAAGCGCCGCUGCCCGAGAGGAGCCCAGAGCUCGGGGGGCUUGAAAUAAAACCGAGCGCUAUCGCCCCUCCGGGCUAGAGCGAGGGGCAAGGCUGUCAGUCGGGGGGGCUCGGUCCUCUCAUUUUCCUGUGCCCAUCGCAUCUCCCCGCGGACCAGCCGGCCCUGCCCAGCUGCUCCCCUCCCUCCCCCUGUCCGGGACCCGGGUUUGGGGCUGGGGGAGGCGGUGCCCACCCUUCCGCGGGGCCGGCGGGAGCGGUGGCUCGGCAGCCCGGGCCGGGCUGCGCUGCGCUGCGCUGGGGGAGCAGGUUUCUUUGUUGGCUGCCGGGUGACUGGUUCCCAUUAAUCUCCCGCACUGGUCGUGGCCGUCUCCACUUCCUGCCUUUGCAUACUUUUCUCUCCCUCGAUCUCAGUCCCUUCCCACCCCCCUCCCUCCCUCCCCCCUUUCUUUCCCUCUUCCCAGCUUCUCCAAAAAAGCUACAACCGCCCGGGCUGCGGGACGGGGGCUGCAGGCGGCCGGCGGAGGGAGCGCAUCCCUGCGCACCUCGAAACAUGAAAGAAUACAGGAAGUCCUGCAUGACCUUAUGAAUACCUGUGCUAAUUAAGUCACUGGCUUGGUACUGGGAGAACAGCAAGAUAAUAACACAGAGUUUUGUCUGGGAAAUACAAAUCUGAGAAUGGAGUGGAAAGGGAAAUGCUCCAAAUUUCAGGUAUUGCCCGCUUUCAAAUAAGGAAAGAGGGAAGAAUAACUUGAGAGAAGAUAAAUGAAAUAUCCACAUUUCUAGAAAGCAGAAAUGACCAUGACUGCCAACAAGAACAGCAGUGUCAACAGCAGAGCUGGAGGGAGUAAAGUGCCUCAGGACACUCUGGAUAGGUGCCAGUCAGCCAGUCCGCCGCCCCUGCUGUCCCCUCAAAGGAGCCCAGCCUACCCCCUCAGUGACAGCGAGGACUCCUCCCGCUCUGCUGGGCUCUCCAGAGUCUCCAGCUCCAGGCUGUGCCUCAAGGACUGGAACAGCCGCACGUCUGCGCUGCGCAGCGCCUCCACCAGCCCCUCGGACACCGACUUGCCGAGCCGCCCCCUCAAAGCCAUCAGCGUGGGUGCUCUGGAUAAAAGGCUCUCCGUGUUCAAGGCUGACCCAAAGGAGAGUCCAACUGAGGGCCAAGAUGGGGAAGCAGUAGGGAGCCAUCCGCUCACCCGGAGCACUCUGUCCUUGAGCACUGCCACCAAACUGAGGACCCUCUCUACCAGCAGGGUGUGCGUGCGCUCGCAGACGCUGGACAUCAGGCAGAAGAUCACAGAAUGGGAGUGCCGCCGGGAGCUGUCCCCCAGGGCCAGCGUGUGCAUGGACAAGAGGGAUGCUGGGGAGAGGUCGGGCAGUGAGAGCUGCCCCAGCGUGCUGACCUCUCCCUGCAGCGACAAGACAUUUGAUUUCAAAGGGUUCAGAAGAAUGAGCCGAACAUUUUCCGAAUGCUCUUACCCAGAAACAGAGGAGGAGGAACUGCUGGACAGGGAUUCCUGCCAUCGGUUUGAAAAGAGACUGGGCAGGAGUGAACCUCCUUCUGCCACUUUCCUUAAGAGCCAUGUGAGGAAAGAGUCCUCUGCUGUGCUCAAUAGAAUCCAGAAGAUCGAGCAGGCACUGAAGGAGCAGUCGGGCAGAGGCCUCCCCCAGUUACCGAGUAGCUGCUACAGUGUUGAUAAAGGGAGGAAAAAGUCUGUGACUCUGGCUGCUGUGGAGGGACUGAGCGAAACCCCGAGCGAUAGCAAAGGCGGGGGUGUUACUUUGGGGAGUGAACCAGAAAGCCCUCCUGAGGCUGAGAAAAGCAGUAAAACAAAACAGGGCGUUGCUGCGAGCUCAGCAGGCCCCAGAGCGCUCCUGGACAGCGCGCCCAACAGCGCCGUGAAUCCCGUCCCCAAGCCCAAACGCACCUUUGAGUACGAGGCUGACAAGUCCCACAAGAGCAAACCAAGCAAUGGCCUACCUCCAUCUCCCACAGCUGCUGCUCCUCCUCCCCUCCCGUCCACGCCCGCGCCCCCCGUCACCAGAAGGCAGAAGAAGGAGUCACGCUUUCACCGAAAGUCCCAGAACAGAAAAUCCUUUGAGUUUGAGGAUGCCUCAAGCCUGCACUCCCUGUACCCUCCCUCCCCGACUGAAAAUGGAACCGAGAGCCAGCAUAAGUUUGGAUCCAAGAGCACUUUAGAAGAAAAUGCCUAUGAAGACAUUGUAGGCGAGUCACCCAAGGAAAACCCGUACGAGGAUGUGGAGCUGAAAGGCCGUCACGGGGGGCGAAAGUCGCAUCAGCUGUCCGAGAACUCGCUAGACUCCCUGCACAGGAUGUGGACGCCGCAGAGCAGGAAAUACACGGCACCUCCGCAGCUGCCCUCGAAGGUCAGCAGCCACUCCAUGCGCGUGGGGAACUGGUCGGAGCGCAAGAGCCACCGCCUGCCGCGGCUGCCCAAGCGGCACAGCCACGAUGACAUGCUACUGCUGGCCCAGCUGGGCAUCCCCUCGUCGCCCUCCAGCCUCACCGAGGACAGCCUGAGCACCGCCAGCGAGCUGCUGUCCUCGCGCCGCGCCAGGAGGAUCCCAAAGCUUGUCCAAAGAAUCAAUUCCAUCUACAGUGCAAAAAGAGGGAAAAAACGACUGAAGAAACUUUCUAUGUCCAAUAUUGAGACAGCAUCCCUACGAGAUGAGAACAGCGAGAGUGAGAGUGACUCAGAUGACAGGUUUAAAGAGCUCCCAAAGUUCCAACACAGGAGCAUGAAGGUGGAAAGCAAGGACAAAAUGGGCUAUGAAGAUCUAACAAGGAUUUGGCAACUGUGUCACUUAAUGAAGAACAGAACCUUUGAUAGAUUGGUUUUGUCAGCCACUUCAGAGAUGCUGAUCUAUUCCAGACUGACUGCUGGGUGCAGGCUUAGAGGGAUGGGACUGGAUAAAGCUCACACCCAGCGCCUUAUGCACAUCCAGUCAAUGCUGAAGAGGGCUCCAAGCUAUCGAACCCUGGAGCUGGAGCUGAUUGAGUGGCAGGAGCGGGAGUUAUUUGAGUAUUUUGUGGUAGUGUCCCUGAAAAAGAAGCCCUCUAAAAACACUUACCUCCCAGAAGUGACAUACCAGUUUCCCAAGCUGGAGAGGCCCACCAAGCAGAUGCGGGAAGCGGAGGAGCGCCUCAAGGCCAUCCCACAGUUCUGCUUCCCUGAUGCCAAGGACUGGCUCCCUGUCUCUGAGUACAACAGUGAGACCUUCUCUUUCAUGCUGACUGGGGAGGACGGGAGCCGGCGCUUCGGCUACUGCAGGAGGCUCUUGCCCAAUGGAAAAGGCCCACGCCUACCCGAAGUUUACUGUGUCAUCAGCCGCCUGGGGUGCUUUGACUUAUUUUCUAAGAUCCUGGAUGAGGUUGAAAGGAGAAGGGGAAUAUCUGCUGCCCUGGUAUAUCCAUUUAUGAGAAGUCUGAUGGAAUCUCCUUUUCCUGCACCUGGAAAGACAAUCAAAGUCAAAACCUUCCUGCCUGGAGCUGGAAAUGAGGUCAUCGAGCUGCGGAGGCCCAUGGACUCGCGCCUGGAGCACGUGGACUUCGAGUGCCUGUUCCGGUGCCUGAGCGUGCGGCAGAUCAUCCGCAUCUUCGCCUCGCUGCUGCUCGAGCGCCGCGUCAUCUUCGUGGCCGACAAGCUCAGCACCCUGUCGAGCUGCUCCCACGCUGUAGUGGCCCUGCUGUACCCCUUCUCCUGGCAGCACACCUUCAUUCCUGUCCUGCCCUCGUCCAUGAUUGACAUCGUGUGCUGCCCUACCCCCUUCCUGGUGGGACUGCUCUCCAGCUCCCUGCCCAAACUCAAGGACCUGCCCGUAGAGGAGGCUUUGAUGGUUAACCUGGGAUCUGAUCGAUUCAUCAGACAGAUGGAUGAUGAAGACACACUAUUGCCUAGAAAAUUGCAAGCUGCUCUGGAGCAGGCUCUAGAGAGAAAGAAUGAACUGAUAAAUCAGGAUUCAGAUAGUGAUUCAGAUGAUGAAUGUAACACCCUGAAUGGAUUAGUGUCUGAGGUUUUUAUCCGAUUCUUUGUGGAGACAGUUGGCCAUUAUUCCCUGUUCCUAACCCAGAAUGAAAAAGGAGAGCGUGUCUUCCAAAGGGAGGCUUUCCGUAAAUCUGUGGCCUCCAAGAGUAUCCGCCGCUUCUUGGAAGUUUUCAUGGAAUCCCAAAUGUUCGCCGGUUUCAUCCAGGACAGGGAGCUGAGGAAAUGCAGGGCUAAAGGGCUCUUCGAGCAGAGGGUGGAACAGUAUUUGGAGGAGCUCCCGGACACGGAACAAAGCGGAGUAAACAAGUUCCUGCGAGGCCUCGGUAACAAAAUGAAGUUCCUUCACAAGAAGAACUAGCUCCUUCCUGCUGAAACACCAACCCAAAACCUAUUUAUGGCACCGUGUGAGACACCUGCAGCGCUGGAAUGCGGAGCGGGAGGAGAGCGGAGCAAGCUGAGGCAGCUCCAGGAGAAGAUCCAUGGAUGCUGUGUCAGGGUGCCACGUGGUGGCUCCUCCGUGGUUUUGGGCAGAGUUUGUACAUAAUGUGCUGUAAGCUUUUGUAACUGAUUUUGUAAUGAGCGAGAAAACUGUGGUAAAUAUUUGUAUAUUCCUGAGAAUACCAGGUGCUUGUUUUUUUUUCUUUAGUAUGAGUUGAGUUAUGCUUGGUGCAAAAACGAGUAGCUGAUUUAUGUGCAGCUGACUGUCUCAGCAGAACCACUGACUCCAAGGGGUGUUUGAUGCCUGAACACUGCGGGGUGAAUGAGCUCGGGUACGUGGGAGAGGUUGUACGCACGGGGCUGCUCUCGUGCGGCACAGGCGCUUGGCUGUCUGUCUGUCUGUUGCCUUCAAACUGAUUUUAAAGGAGAAAUAACAAAGUAACUUGGUAAUAAGGUACUUGGUUCACAUUGCAGAACCUCCACUUGGUUUGAACUCUGGUCAGUAAACUCCUUAUAAGCCACUGUGCACUAAGAUGCUAAGCCUGGGGAGAUCCCAGCUCUCUGACAUGCAAGCUGCAGCGAGUAGGUACAGUACAGCCUUUCCUAGUGUAUGUAUGUAUGGAUCCUAAUAAACUCUGUAAAUAGACCUGUUUGUUUAUAUUCAUUGCAAACCUGUGCACUUCCUCAUGUGGAGCAGGUACAAACACAGCAACUCACCUGUGAUUUCUAAAUGAAUUUGUAAUUAAAAUGUAAAGUGGAUAUUACAAACCUC